AAAACUAAGCAAAACAACCGAAAUUGGGUUAUGUUUUCAAAGUUUUCAAACUACAGGAAACUGUAUUGCCGAGAUUCACCAUUUACACCUAACUUCAUUGUGCUCAAUCACUGCGGUAAAAUUAGCAACAAAACAGUGACGUACGUGGAGGUGGCAUUAAACAAUGACUGAUUUACCAACGGAACUCGACUUUCCUGUUAGCGGCUUAUUACCAAAGAAGGAAACAGCCGUUAGCUCAUUUUUGACCAAAUAUCCUCAGUAUGAUGGAAGAGGUACAGUUAUAGCAAUUUUUGAUUCAGGAGUCGAUCCGGGAGCACCGGGAUUACAGAAAACAUCUGAUGGCAAAGUUAAAGUCAUUCAUAGAUUUGACUGCAGCGGUUGUGGCGAUGUUGACACAAAAACUAUUGUACAAGCGUAUGAUUCUUAUAUAACUGCGCUUAGUGGUAAAAACCUCAAGAUCCCAAGCACGUGGAACAACCCUACAAAUUGUUAUAGAGUGGGGCUUAAACACGCUUAUGACUUAUACCCUGAACGAUUAGAAGAACGCAUGACUUCUGAAUACAAAGAGAAAAAAUGGGAUGAACAUCACCGGAAAGCUGUUGCUGAGGCCAAUAGACAGUUAGCUGAGUUUGAAGCGAAACACACAAAAAUUACGCAUUUUCAAGGUUCCAAUCUCUCCGAUGCGGACAAACUCAUCAAAGAUGAUCUUGAAACAAAACUUGAAAUCCUGACAAAUUAUGAAAAAAAAUUUCACGACGCUGGACCAGUCUACGACUGUAUUCUUUUCCAUGAUGGUGAACAAUGGCAAUGUUGCGUGGACACUUCCGAUGAUGGAGAUCUCGAAAAGUGCCCCCUUUUGGGCGAGUAUAGUCUCACUCACGAUUAUACUGCUCUGACACCAGAAGACAAUCUAAAUUUCAGUAUGAAUGUUCACGAUAAUGGCGAUACACUAGAAUUAGUUGGCCUUUGUUCGAGUCACGGGACUCACGUUGCCUCCAUUGCUGCUGCUUAUUUCCCUGAUAAUCCUGAGCAAUGUGGGGUUGCACCCGGGGCGCAGAUUGUCUCAUUUACCAUUGGUGAUGGGCGAUUGGGCUCAAUGGAGACAGGGACGGCACUAGUUAGGGCUAUAAUUAAGCUGAUGGAGAUGUCAAAAACGCUCAAAAUUCACGUUAUUAACAUGAGCUAUGGGGAACAUGCGCACUUUUCAGAUGGCGGACGUAUCGGAGAGCUGAUGAAUGAAGUGGUCAAUAAAUACGGGGUGGUAUGGGUGGCUUCCGCCGGCAACCACGGCCCUGCUUUAAGCACCAUUGGUACGCCCCCUGAUAUAAGCCAGGAGACCAUAAUCGGUGUUGGGGCUUACGUAUCGCCAGAAAUGAUGGUGGCGGCUUAUUCCAUGCGUCAAAAACUGCCAGGCAUGCCGUUUACUUGGUCGUCACGGGGCCCAUGUAUAGAUGGUGGUGUUGGUGUUACGAUUUGUGCACCAGGUGGCGCUGUAACAUCCGUCCCGAAUUGUACUCUUCGAUACUCGCAAUUGAUGAAUGGGACCUCGAUGGCGUCCCCCCAUGUCGCAGGGGCUGUUAGUUUACUAGUGUCAGGGUUGAUUCAGCAAAAUUUGUUCUAUUCGCCAUAUAGUAUCAAGCGGGCUAUUGAAAACACAGCGAGUGUUUUGCAAGGUGUUGAGGUUUUUGCUCAAGGAAGUGGUUUGCUUCAAGUUGAUAAGUGUUUCGAGUGGUUGGUGAAGCACUACAUGACGCAGGAACAAAAUGUUAGGUUUCAUGUUAGUUGCGGCUCGUCGAACUCCAAGGGGAUUUAUAUUCGGUCAAAACCGACGAAGAGUCCUUGUUCGUAUAAUAUAUCAGUCGAGCCGAAUUUUCUUGACUCGGAUAAUGUGGGAUCAGACAUUAAAAUUAAAUUUAACAUGAAGUUAGCAUUGGUUUGUAAUGCUUCAUAUGUGAGUUGUCCGACUCAUUUGGACGUCUCGAAUGCUAGUCGAGUGUUUGCUAUUAAAAUUGACCCAACUGAAUUACCAAUGGGGGUCCAUAGUACAUUUAUAGAAGCGUUUGAUGUCAGUUGUGUCUCUAAGGGUCCAGUUUUCAAAAUACCGAUCACAGUAAUCCAACCAAUUGAAGUGAAACCGCCCAAACAUACAGUUUCCUACAAUUCGGUUCUUUUCAAACCAAACACCAUUAAAAGACACUUUUUUGUGGUCCCUCAUUUCGCCACAUGGGCUGUUCUACGUAUGGCUUCGACGGACGAAAAUGGAGUUGGUAGAUUUGUAGUACAUUCCAUGCAUUUGCUACCAAAGCAAAGUUGCAAGACAUUAGAAUCGAACAAAGCGGUUACCGUCACGGCAAACGUCGAUUCGGUUAUCAGUUUUCAAGUUAGAAGCAAUGUUGUCUUGGAGGUUGUCAUUGCAAAGUAUUGGGCCAACUUAGGCGAACUUAAUUUAGAUUACUCGAUUUCGUUUUAUGGAAUUAAACCUAACCAACAAUCGAUUACCAUGCAUGCGGCUGAUGGGAUCCAUUCCGUUGAAGUGACUUCGCUACAAGGGGAGGAAAUCCUACCGUCGAUCACUUUGAAAAAUUCCGUCCAAAUUUUGAAGCCGGCUGAGGGAAAAGUCUCGCCACUUACAGCAAGGGAUGUUAUCCCCCCCAACCGGCAGAUUUAUGAGCUCCUCCUAGUGUAUAAUUUUACCCUAACUAAAGCAACAGAAGUGUCACCAAAUAUAGCUCUACUCAGCGAUGUUUUAUACGAGUCAGAGUUUGAAUCGCAAUUAUGGUUGUUGUUUGACUCUAGUAAACAGCUCUUAGGUUGUGGUGACGCCUAUCCGUCAAAGUAUUCUAUUAAACUAGAAAAAGGCGAUUAUGUGAUUCGUCUUCAUGUGAGACAUGAGAAAAAGGAAUAUUUGGAUAAAUUAACUGAAAUUCCAUUGUUGUUGCAACAAAAAUUAAGCAAUGCGAUUACAUUGGAUGUUUAUAGUAGUUAUUCUCAAGCUGCAAUUGCUGGUAAAAAGUCAAAUGUUAGUCAUGGAUUGCAUUCCACUGUUAUACCCUUUUAUAUUGCUCCUCUACCUGCCGAUAAGUUCAUAGCUAAGUCUAACAACCCGGCGCAGUUCCUCACCGGUUAUAUCACUUAUUGUAAGGAUGAUUUAGGAAAGAAAGUUGAUUCCCACCCUUUCAAAUAUAUUUUAUUUGAUGCUUCUCCCUCGAAAAAAACCUCGAAUGGUGGUACUGGAUUCGAGAAAAGUGACAAAAAUAAACUAGAGGAGUGUAGGGAACAAGUCCGGGAUUUGAAAACCCAAUUCUUGUCCAAAUUAGAUCCUUUAAAUGCGGAGAAAUUUUAUGAUGAAUUUUUGACUAAAUAUCCAGAUCAUCUGCCUCUCCACACCGCCUAUUUACAAGCCGUUGAUCCAAUUGACACAAGGAGGCCCUAUCCGAACUUACUAGUUAAUAUUCAAGCUACUAUGAUUAAUAAAGAUGUCCAACUUAAAUACAUUGCUAUUUGUGACAAAGUGAUAGAAAAUAUUAGCGAAGAGGGAAUUUUGGCCUUCUCAGCCAUGAAGGCUGAUCUGCGAUCCGAUGCUUCCAAAAUUAAAACGUCGAUGGAUCAAAAACGUACCAUUUAUUUGGAGUGUUUGUGUCGCAAAGGUAUCAUUUUAUGUCGCUUGUAUAAGCUUGAGGAAAAAGAAGACUAUUUGGAGAGAAUCGCAGGGAUUUGGAAGUCUUUGGUCCGGUUUGUUGACCCAAAUGAUGCGAAGGUGGUGACACCUUAUCUGGUCUUUUUUAUGAUGUGGCACGCCCAUGUCCAUAAACAAUAUGGCCGAGUGUUGAAAUACACCAUGCGAAUGCAAGAAGAAAAACCUUGCAAGGAGUUGGAAGAUAGAAUUAUCGACUUGUGCAGAAUGAACGGCUGGGAGUAUUUAGCAGAUCAUUUGCAAAGAAAUAUACUUUCGAAAUUCCCUCAAUCGUAUCGACCUUUUUAAAUAGUUAGCAAUGUUUUUUUAGCUUUUGUUUUUACGGGUAGUUGUUUCAAAAUAAUUGCCAAAUUGCUUUUUCAUGUUUUUCUUGUUACCUGUGCUGUUGGAAUGAAUAAUAAACGCAUUUUUCUGAAA